AUGCAUGAAGGGGGCCGCGGUAUGGAUAUCAUGGACAUCUUUAUCUGGAAGUACUUCGUUUCCGAUGAGUUUCUGCCCUUGCUCAAGACGCCAGGUGCGGAUCAGGAGGCUAUUGUCAUAUAUGCGCACUUUUGUAUCGUCUUGAAGAAACUGGAAAGUCAGUGGUGGCUUCAGGGUUGGGCGACGCAUUUGAUAUCACAGGCGUGGGAGUUGCUGGACGAGAACCACAAGUCGUGGAUCCAAUGGCCGAUGGAAGAACUUGGGUGGUCACCUCCAGCAUGA